GCCCAAGGCCCCCAAGAUCCCUAGGAGGGACUCUCAACGAGAGCUCCGUACGUGGAGAAAGAGACGAUCGACCUAUUCUCCUGGAUCUAUCAAUUGGAAGGUUCAGAAAAAAAAUGUACAAACUAAUCGGAUCGUGAAGUACGAAGAGCCUGGAUAACGUACAAAGAGCCUUAAAAUGGGAUUUUUCAGCUCCUUUGAGCAUAACUAUCGAUCGGAAUCGAGAUCCGACCGAAUAACGUCUGGCGGGGCAAACGGCUGUCCCGGUUCUUCCUGGCGAAGUGGUCCGGGAAGACAAACAGCUGUCCCGGGUCCUUCUCGGAAGUGGGUCGUGGAGAAGCGGAGGAGCUUCCCCGGGAAUAGAGACGAGAUGUUGAAAUUUUGGGGCAGCCUCGACCCCGAGGCUCACGAGACGCACGCAGGAAGGUCGGCUCGAGGAGGCUACCGACAGCUGUCAGGAUCGAAUUGCCAUCGCCGAGGGACGAAUGGGCAUUUAAGGAACUGUCAAACCGCUGCCGGAUCGUUGGAUCAUUUCCCUCUGUCAUUACGUAAUGGCGCACUUGUUUUGGCCGCGUCUGGACCUUUGGCCGGCGGCCUCAGAAGAACUCUAUUGACUGGCGAUCGCGAUCUAUGGAUCUCAAUUAGCGAUCUUAUCGGGUCGAGGAUCUGGGAUCAAGGAGUGGCCAGGAUCGAUGGCUCAACGGAUGAAAUUUUCGCCCCAUAUUCAGGAUUACAGAAAUACGAUUGCUUUAGAAGUUUUCAUCGUUUGGAAGCAACGUUCAGUGACGGAUUUACGUUUAAACUCCACCAAACCAUUUCGGAGCGAUUUGGCCCGGUCGGAAGGUUAUUGUUGGCAUUAUAAAUUCGCCUACGCGCAUUAUUGCCAUUGCGAUGUCGUUUGGUCGGGCCGUUUUUUACGAGUAAUAAUUUCCAAGAUUCCUUGAACUAUCAUUCGUGCGCGUCGCUACUUACAGUUCAUCAUAAUUCGUUUAUAAGUUGUUCAUUGCCACGAAACGGCCACCCCUGGCACCGUCGUCCCAUUUCGUAAUAAAUACCUCUAUUUACCCCCACAUCAUUUAAGAGUCUACUCGAGAAAUAUUUAGUCCAUUGUAUUACUCCUAAGAGCUCCAUCGAAGUCUCUGCGGUCCCCCUUUAAAAAUACCCCAUCACUCGGAGCCCCCCCCAUUAAAUGUUUAAUUACUCAUAAAUCAUUUAAAUCCUACAUCGAUAGGUACCAUUUCUAUCCGCUGCCCUCUUCGAGCUCUUAUCAGAAGCCUCACUCGAGGCCCUUAUCAGGACUUUACUCGACGUAGCCGCAACAAAGACACUUACAC